AUGGCGGCCUCGACGGACGGCCGCGAUGGCAUCUCAGGGCCGUCACCGGAGGACGAGGCGUCGCUGUGGGGGCGCCUCACCUUCGCGUGGGUGGGGCCGCUGAUACGGCUGGGCAACGCCAACGUGCUGCACGCGCCCGACCUGCCGCCCCUCUGCCCGCGCGACUCCACUGCUGCCGUCGCACCCUCGCUCAGGGCCGCGUGGCAGGCCGAGACGAACGCCACGCACAGGUGCUCCAGCAGAGUUGUAUUGGAUGCGUCACUUGUUGGCCCGCGUGCUAGUGACCGCAUUCGCGCUAGUGAGCGCAUUCGCGCUAGUGAGCGCAUUCGCGCUAGUGAGCGCAUUCGCGCUAGUGAGCACAUUCGCGCUAGUGAGCGCAUUCGCGCUAGUGAGCGCAUUCGCGCUAGUGAGCGCAUUCGCGCUAGUGAGCGCAUUCGCGCUAGUGAGCGCAUUCGCGCUAGUGAGCGCAUUCACGCUAGUGAGCGCAUUCGCGCGCCCCUUCGUGGCAGCGGGCGCUCUGGAAUCUCCUCUGCUCCCACCUGCUCCUCGCCUCGCCACUCUCUGCCCCUCAAGACUGCUUCUUUCCGCUUUCCCCCUCCCCCCUUUCUCCCCCUCUUUCCCUCUUCCCUCCCCCUCUCCCACCCACUGCCCCCCAUCUCUCCCCCCUGCCCCCAGGCAUCCCUCGCUGCCCCGUGCAUUGGUGAGCACAUUCGUGCGGCCCUUCAUGGCAGCGGGCGCACUCAAGCUCAUUCACGACCUGCUGCAGCUCGCCUCGCCGCUGCUGCUGCAGCAGAUCAUCCUCCACCUCAGCAUGACGUCAUUCCAUGUCAGCACAGCGCCCCCGCACUCAGCAGUCAACAGCUCAGCCGAAGGCCUCCUUGGUCCCUCGCUCUUCCUCCGCAACUCCUCGCUCCCCCCCCCUCCACCCUCACACCCUCCCUCCACCGCUCACUCCUCUCCGCCCCCUCCACCCACCCCACGAUCCCUGUCACUACCCCACUCCCAUCUCUCCCCCCAGCACCGCAACUCCUCGCUUGGAUCUUCCUCCCUUUCGUGUCUCUCGUCCCUCAAGCGGCUCCCCACACCCAGAGCCCAAUCGCCAACGCCACUCUUGGCUUCACGGGCCCCCUCACACACUCCUCAACUCACCCACUCCCUUCCUCCUCCUCGCACUUAUCCUCGUUAGUGGCCGCUUCACUACCAGCGUGGCUGCCGGGGCUGCUGCUAGCAGGGGUGUUGCUGGCGUGCAACGUGGGGCAGUCGCUCGUCGCCCAUCAGUACUUCCACCGCCUCUACCGCCUCUCCUCCCAUGUGCGUUCCUCUCCUCCCAUGUGCGUUCCUCUCCUCCCAUGUGCGUUCCUCUCCUCCCAUGUGCGUUCCUCUCCUCCCAUGUGCGUUCCUCUCCUCCCAUGUGCGUUCCUCUCCUCCCACGUGCGUUCCUCUCCUCCCAUGUGCGUUCCUCUCCUCCCAUGUGCGUUCCUCUCCUCCCAUGUGCGUUCCUCUCCUCCCAUGUGCGUUCCUCUCCUCCCAUGUGCGUUCCUCUCCUCCCAUGUGCGUUCCUCUCCUCCCAUGUGCGUUCCUCUCCUCCCACGUGCGUUCCUCUCCUCCCAUGUGCGUUCCUCUCCUCCCACGUGCGUUCCUCUCCUCCCAUGUGCGUUCCUCUCCUCCCACGUGCGUUCCUCUCCUCCCAUGUGCGUUCCUCUCCUCCCAUGUGCGUUCCUCUCCUCCCAUGUGCGUUCCUCUCCUCCCAUGUGCGUUCCUCUCCUCCCAUGUGCGUUCCUCUCCUCCCACGUGCGUUCCUCUCCUCCCAUGUGCGUUCCUCUCCUCCCACGUGCGUUCCUCUCCUCCCAUGUGCGUUCCUCUCCUCCCACGUGCGUUCCUCUCCUCCCAUGUGCGUUCCUCUCCUCCCACGUGCGUUCCUCUCCUCCCAUGUGCGUUCCUCUCCUCCCAUGUGCGUUCCUCUCCUCCCAUGUGCGUUCCUCUCCUCCCACGUGCGUUCCUCUCCUCCCAUGUGCGUUCCUCUCCUCCCACGUGCGUUCCUCUCCUCCCAUGUGCGUUCCUCUCCUCCCACGUGCGUUCCUCUCCUCCCAUGUGCGUUCCUCUCCUCCCACGUGCGUUCCUCUCCUCCCAUGUGCGUUCCUCUCCUCCCACGUGCGUUCCUCUCCUCCCAUGUGCGUUCCUCUCCUCCCAUGUGCGUUCCUCUCCUCCCAUGUGCGUUCCUCUCCUCCCACGUGCGUUCCUCUCCUCCCAUGUGCGUUCCUCUCCUCCCACGUGCGUUCCUCUCCUCCCAUGUGCGUUCCUCUCCUCCCACGUGCGUUCCUCUCCUCCCAUGUGCGUUCCUCUCCUCCCAUGUGCGUUCCUCUCCUCCCAUGUGCGUUCCUCUCCUCCCAUGUGCGUUCCUCUCCUCCCAUGUGCGUUCCUCUCCUCCCAUGUGCGUUCCUCUCCUCCCAUGUGCGUUCCUCUCCUCCCAUGUGCGUUCCUCUCCUCCCAUGUGCGUUCCUCUCCUCCCAUGUGCGUUCCUCUCCUCCCAUGUGCGUUCCUCUCCUCCCAUGUGCGUUCCUCUCCUCCCAUGUGCGUUCCUCUCCUCCCAUGUGCGUUCCUCUCCUCCCAUGUGCGUUCCUCUCCUCCCAUGUGCGUUCCUCUCCUCCCAUGUGCGUUCCUCUCCUCCCAUGUGCGUUCCUCUCCUCCCAUGUGCGUUCCUCUCCUCCCAUGUGCGUUCCUCUCCUCCCAUGUGCGUUCCUCUCCUCCCAUGUGCGUUCCUCUCCUCCCAUGUGCGUUCCUCUCCUCCCAUGUGCGUUCCUCUCCUCCCAUGUGCGUUCCUCUCCUCCCAUGUGCGUUCCUCUCCUCCCAUGUGCGUUCCUCUCCUCCCAUGUGCGUUCCUCUCCUCCCAUGUGCGUUCCUCUCCUCCCAUGUGCGUUCCUCUCCUCCCAUGUGCGUUCCUCUCCUCCCAUGUGCGUUCCUCUCCUCCCAUGUGCGUUCCUCUCCUCCCAUGUGCGUUCCUCUCCUCCCAUGUGCGUUCCUCUCCUCCCAUGUGCGUUCCUCUCCUCCCAUGUGCGUUCCUCUCCUCCCAUGUGCGUUCCUCUCCUCCCAUGUGCGUUCCUCUCCUCCCAUGUGCGUUCCUCUCCUCCCAUGUGCGUUCCUCUCCUCCCAUGUGCGUUCCUCUCCUCCCAUGUGCGUUCCUCUCCUCCCAUGUGCGUUCCUCUCCUCCCAUGUGCGUUCCUCUCCUCCCAUGUGCGUUCCUCUCCUCCCAUGUGCGUUCCUCUCCUCCCAUGUGCGUUCCUCUCCUCCCAUGUGCGUUCCUCUCCUCCCAUGUGCGUUCCUCUCCUCCCAUGUGCGUUCCUCUCCUCCCAUGUGCGUUCCUCUCCUCCCAUGUGCGUUCCUCUCCUCCCAUGUGCGUUCCUCUCCUCCCAUGUGCGUUCCUCUCCUCCCAUGUGCGUUCCUCUCCUCCCAUGUGCGUUCCUCUCCUCCCAUGUGCGUUCCUCUCCUCCCAUGUGCGUUCCUCUCCUCCCAUGUGCGUUCCUCUCCUCCCAUGUGCGUUCCUCUCCUCCCAUGUGCGUUCCUCUCCUCCCAUGUGCGUUCCUCUCCUCCCAUGUGCGUUCCUCUCCUCCCAUGUGCGUUCCUCUCCUCCCAUGUGCGUUCCUCUCCUCCCAUGUGCGUUCCUCUCCUCCCAUGUGCGUUCCUCUCCUCCCAUGUGCGUUCCUCUCCUCCCAUGUGCGUUCCUCUCCUCCCAUGUGCGUUCCUCUCCUCCCAUGUGCGUUCCUCUCCUCCCAUGUGCGUUCCUCUCCUCCCAUGUGCGUUCCUCUCCUCCCAUGUGCGUUCCUCUCCUCCCAUGUGCGUUCCUCUCCUCCAUGUGCGUUCCUCUCCUCCAUGUGCGUUCCUCUCCUCCCAUGUGCGUUCCUCUCCUCCCAUGUGCGUUCCUCUCCUCCCAUGUGCGUUCCUCUCCUCCCAUGUGCGUUCCUCUCCUCCCAUGUGCGUUCCUCUCCUCCCAUGUGCGUUCCUCUCCUCCCAUGUGCGUUCCUCUCCUCCCAUGUGCGUUCCUCUCCUCCCAUGUGCGUUCCUCUCCUCCCAUGUGCGUUCCUCUCCUCCCAUGUGCGUUCCUCUCCUCCCAUGUGCGUUCCUCUCCUCCCAUGUGCGUUCCUCUCCUCCCAUGUGCGUUCCUCUCCUCCCAUGUGCGUUCCUCUCCUCCCAUGUGCGUUCCUCUCCUCCCAUGUGCGUUCCUCUCCUCCCAUGUGCGUUCCUCUCCUCCCAUGUGCGUUCCUCUCCUCCCAUGUGCGUUCCUCUCCUCCCAUGUGCGUUCCUCUCCUCCCAUGUGCGUUCCUCUCCUCCCAUGUGCGUUCCUCUCCUCCCAUGUGCGUUCCUCUCCUCCCAUGUGCGUUCCUCUCCUCCCAUGUGCGUUCCUCUCCUCCCAUGUGCGUUCCUCUCCUCCCAUGUGCGUUCCUCUCCUCCCAUGUGCGUUCCUCUCCUCCCAUGUGCGUUCCUCUCCUCCCAUGUGCGUUCCUCUCCUCCCAUGUGCGUUCCUCUCCUCCCAUGUGCGUUCCUCUCCUCCCAUGUGCGUUCCUCUCCUCCCAUGUGCGUUCCUCUCCUCCCAUGUGCGUUCCUCUCCUCCCAUGUGCGUUCCUCUCCUCCCAUGUGCGUUCCUCUCCUCCCAUGUGCGUUCCUCUCCUCCCAUGUGCGUUCCUCUCCUCCCAUGUGCGUUCCUCUCCUCCCAUGUGCGUUCCUCUCCUCCCAUGUGCGUUCCUCUCCUCCCAUGUGCGUUCCUCUCCUCCCAUGUGCGUUCCUCUCCUCCCAUGUGCGUUCCUCUCCUCCCAUGUGCGUUCCUCUCCUCCCAUGUGCGUUCCUCUCCUCCCAUGUGCGUUCCUCUCCUCCCAUGUGCGUUCCUCUCCUCCCAUGUGCGUUCCUCUCCUCCCAUGUGCGUUCCUCUCCUCCCAUGUGCGUUCCUCUCCUCCCAUGUGCGUUCCUCUCCUCCCAUGUGCGUUCCUCUCCUCCCAUGUGCGUUCCUCUCCUCCCAUGUGCGUUCCUCUCCUCCCAUGUGCGUUCCUCUCCUCCCAUGUGCGUUCCUCUCCUCCCAUGUGCGUUCCUCUCCUCCCAUGUGCGUUCCUCUCCUCCCAUGUGCGUUCCUCUCCUCCCAUGUGCGUUCCUCUCCUCCCAUGUGCGUUCCUCUCCUCCCAUGUGCGUUCCUCUCCUCCCAUGUGCGUUCCUCUCCUCCCAUGUGCGUUCCUCUCCUCCCAUGUGCGUUCCUCUCCUCCCAUGUGCGUUCCUCUCCUCCCAUGUGCGUUCCUCUCCUCCCAUGUGCGUUCCUCUCCUCCCAUGUGCGUUCCUCUCCUCCCAUGUGCGUUCCUCUCCUCCCAUGUGCGUUCCUCUCCUCCCAUGUGCGUUCCUCUCCUCCCAUGUGCGUUCCUCUCCUCCCAUGUGCGUUCCUCUCCUCCCAUGUGCGUUCCUCUCCUCCCAUGUGCGUUCCUCUCCUCCCAUGUGCGUUCCUCUCCUCCCAUGUGCGUUCCUCUCCUCCCAUGUGCGUUCCUCUCCUCCCAUGUGCGUUCCUCUCCUCCCAUGUGCGUUCCUCUCCUCCCAUGUGCGUUCCUCUCCUCCCAUGUGCGUUCCUCUCCUCCCAUGUGCGUUCCUCUCCUCCCAUGUGCGUUCCUCUCCUCCCAUGUGCGUUCCUCUCCUCCCAUGUGCGUUCCUCUCCUCCCAUGUGCGUUCCUCUCCUCCCAUGUGCGUUCCUCUCCUCCCAUGUGCGUUCCUCUCCUCCCAUGUGCGUUCCUCUCCUCCCAUGUGCGUUCCUCUCCUCCCAUGUGCGUUCCUCUCCUCCCAUGUGCGUUCCUCUCCUCCCAUGUGCGUUCCUCUCCUCCCAUGUGCGUUCCUCUCCUCCCAUGUGCGUUCCUCUCCUCCCAUGUGCGUUCCUCUCCUCCCAUGUGCGUUCCUCUCCUCCCAUGUGCGUUCCUCUCCUCCCAUGUGCGUUCCUCUCCUCCCAUGUGCGUUCCUCUCCUCCCAUGUGCGUUCCUCUCCUCCCAUGUGCGUUCCUCUCCUCCCAUGUGCGUUCCUCUCCUCCCAUGUGCGUUCCUCUCCUCCCAUGUGCGUUCCUCUCCUCCCAUGUGCGUUCCUCUCCUCCCAUGUGCGUUCCUCUCCUCCCAUGUGCGUUCCUCUCCUCCCAUGUGCGUUCCUCUCCUCCCAUGUGCGUUCCUCUCCUCCCAUGUGCGUUCCUCUCCUCCAUGUGCGUUCCUCUCCUCCCAUGUGCGUUCCUCUCCUCCCAUGUGCGUUCCUCUCCUCCCAUGUGCGUUCCUCUCCUCCCAUGUGCGUUCCUCUCCUCCCAUGUGCGUUCCUCUCCUCCCAUGUGCGUUCCUCUCCUCCCAUGUGCGUUCCUCUCCUCCCAUGUGCGUUCCUCUCCUCCCACGUGCGUUCCUCUCCUCCCAUGUGCGUUCCUCUCCUCCCACGUGCGUUCCUCUCCUCCCACGUGCGUUCCUCUCCUCCCACGUGCGUUCCUCUCCUCCCACGUGCGUUCCUCUCCUCCCAUGUGCGUUCCUCUCCUCCCAUGUGCGUUCCUCUCCUCCCAUGUGCGUUCCUCUCCUCCCAUGUGCGUUCCUCUCCUCCCAUGUGCGUUCCUCUCCUCCCACGUGCGUUCCUCUCCUCCCAUGUGCGUUCCUCUCCUCCCAUGUGCGUUCCUCUCCUCCCAUGUGCGUUCCUCUCCUCCCACGUGCGUUCCUCUCCUCCCAUGUGCGUUCCUCUCCUCCCAUGUGCGUUCCUCUCCUCCCACGUGCGUUCCUCUCCUCCCACGUGCGUUCCUCUCCUCCCAUGUGCGUUCCUCUCCUCCCACGUGCGUUCCUCUCCUCCCAUGUGCGUUCCUCUCCUCCCAUGUGCGUUCCUCUCCUCCCACGUGCGUUCCUCUCCUCCCACGUGCGUUCCUCUCCUCCCACGUGCGUUCCUCUCCUCCCACGUGCGUUCCUCUCCUCCCACGUGCGUUCCUCUCCUCCCACGUGCGUUCCUCUCCUCCCAUGUGCGUUCCUCUCCUCCCAUGUGCGUUCCUCUCCUCCCAUGUGCGUUCCUCUCCUCCCAUGUGCGUUCCUCUCCUCCCAUGUGCGUUCCUCUCCUCCCACGUGCGUUCCUCUCCUCCCAUGUGCGUUCCUCUCCUCCCAUGUGCGUUCCUCUCCUCCCAUGUGCGUUCCUCUCCUCCCACGUGCGUUCCUCUCCUCCCAUGUGCGUUCCUCUCCUCCCAUGUGCGUUCCUCUCCUCCCACGUGCGUUCCUCUCCUCCCACGUGCGUUCCUCUCCUCCCACGUGCGUUCCUCUCCUCCCAUGUGCGUUCCUCUCCUCCCACGUGCGUUCCUCUCCUCCCAUGUGCGUUCCUCUCCUCCCAUGUGCGUUCCUCUCCUCCCACGUGCGUUCCUCUCCUCCCACGUGCGUUCCUCUCCUCCCAUGUGCGUUCCUCUCCUCCCAUGUGCGUUCCUCUCCUCCCAUGUGCGUUCCUCUCCUCCCAUGUGCGUUCCUCUCCUCCCACGUGCGUUCCUCUCCUCCCAUGUGCGUUCCUCUCCUCCCAUGUGCGUUCCUCUCCUCCCACGUGCGUUCCUCUCCUCCCACGUGCGUUCCUCUCCUCCCACGUGCGUUCCUCUCCUCCCAUGUGCGUUCCUCUCCUCCCACGUGCGUUCCUCUCCUCCCAUGUGCGUUCCUCUCCUCCCAUGUGCGUUCCUCUCCUCCCACGUGCGUUCCUCUCCUCCCACGUGCGUUCCUCUCCUCCCAUGUGCGUUCCUCUCCUCCCACGUGCGUUCCUCUCCUCCCACGUGCGUUCCUCUCCUCCCACGUGCGUUCCUCUCCUCCCACGUGCGUUCCUCUCCUCCCACGUGCGUUCCUCUCCUCCCACGUGCGUUCCUCUCCUCCCAUGUGCGUUCCUCUCCUCCCAUGUGCGUUCCUCUCCUCCCAUGUGCGUUCCUCUCCUCCCAUGUGCGUUCCUCUCCUCCCAUGUGCGUUCCUCUCCUCCCACGUGCGUUCCUCUCCUCCCAUGUGCGUUCCUCUCCUCCCAUGUGCGUUCCUCUCCUCCCAUGUGCGUUCCUCUCCUCCCACGUGCGUUCCUCUCCUCCCAUGUGCGUUCCUCUCCUCCCAUGUGCGUUCCUCUCCUCCCACGUGCGUUCCUCUCCUCCCACGUGCGUUCCUCUCCUCCCACGUGCGUUCCUCUCCUCCCACGUGCGUUCCUCUCCUCCCAUGUGCGUUCCUCUCCUCCCACGUGCGUUCCUCUCCUCCCAUGUGCGUUCCUCUCCUCCCAUGUGCGUUCCUCUCCUCCCACGUGCGUUCCUCUCCUCCCACGUGCGUUCCUCUCCUCCCAUGUGCGUUCCUCUCCUCCCACGUGCGUUCCUCUCCUCCCACGUGCGUUCCUCUCCUCCCACGUGCGUUCCUCUCCUCCCACGUGCGUUCCUCUCCUCCCACGUGCGUUCCUCUCCUCCCACGUGCGUUCCUCUCCUCCCACGUGCGUUCCUCUCCUCCCAUGUGCGUUCCUCUCCUCCCAUGUGCGUUCCUCUCCUCCCAUGUGCGUUCCUCUCCUCCCAUGUGCGUUCCUCUCCUCCCAUGUGCGUUCCUCUCCUCCCACGUGCGUUCCUCUCCUCCCAUGUGCGUUCCUCUCCUCCCAUGUGCGUUCCUCUCCUCCCAUGUGCGUUCCUCUCCUCCCACGUGCGUUCCUCUCCUCCCAUGUGCGUUCCUCUCCUCCCAUGUGCGUUCCUCUCCUCCCACGUGCGUUCCUCUCCUCCCACGUGCGUUCCUCUCCUCCCACGUGCGUUCCUCUCCUCCCAUGUGCGUUCCUCUCCUCCCACGUGCGUUCCUCUCCUCCCAUGUGCGUUCCUCUCCUCCCAUGUGCGUUCCUCUCCUCCCACGUGCGUUCCUCUCCUCCCACGUGCGUUCCUCUCCUCCCAUGUGCGUUCCUCUCCUCCCACGUGCGUUCCUCUCCUCCCACGUGCGUUCCUCUCCUCCCACGUGCGUUCCUCUCCUCCCACGUGCGUUCCUCUCCUCCCACGUGCGUUCCUCUCCUCCCACGUGCGUUCCUCUCCUCCCACGUGCGUUCCUCUCCUCCCACGUGCGUUCCUCUCCUCCCACGUGCGUUCCUCUCCUCCCAUGUGCGUUCCUCUCCUCCCAUGUGCGUUCCUCUCCUCCCAUGUGCGUUCCUCUCCUCCCAUGUGCGUUCCUCUCCUCCCAUGUGCGUUCCUCUCCUCCCACGUGCGUUCCUCUCCUCCCAUGUGCGUUCCUCUCCUCCCAUGUGCGUUCCUCUCCUCCCAUGUGCGUUCCUCUCCUCCCACGUGCGUUCCUCUCCUCCCAUGUGCGUUCCUCUCCUCCCAUGUGCGUUCCUCUCCUCCCACGUGCGUUCCUCUCCUCCCACGUGCGUUCCUCUCCUCCCACGUGCGUUCCUCUCCUCCCAUGUGCGUUCCUCUCCUCCCACGUGCGUUCCUCUCCUCCCAUGUGCGUUCCUCUCCUCCCAUGUGCGUUCCUCUCCUCCCACGUGCGUUCCUCUCCUCCCACGUGCGUUCCUCUCCUCCCAUGUGCGUUCCUCUCCUCCCACGUGCGUUCCUCUCCUCCCACGUGCGUUCCUCUCCUCCCACGUGCGUUCCUCUCCUCCCACGUGCGUUCCUCUCCUCCCACGUGCGUUCCUCUCCUCCCACGUGCGUUCCUCUCCUCCCACGUGCGUUCCUCUCCUCCCACGUGCGUUCCUCUCCUCCCACGUGCGUUCCUCUCCUCCCACGUGCGUUCCUCUCCUCCCAUGUGCGUUCCUCUCCUCCCAUGUGCGUUCCUCUCCUCCCAUGUGCGUUCCUCUCCUCCCAUGUGCGUUCCUCUCCUCCCAUGUGCGUUCCUCUCCUCCCACGUGCGUUCCUCUCCUCCCAUGUGCGUUCCUCUCCUCCCAUGUGCGUUCCUCUCCUCCCAUGUGCGUUCCUCUCCUCCCACGUGCGUUCCUCUCCUCCCAUGUGCGUUCCUCUCCUCCCAUGCCAUGCCAUCCCUGGCGGGGCUAGCCACCAUGCUGCUGCUGAUGCCGUUCAACGGGGUGCUCAUGGGGCGCCUCUCCGCGGUGCGGCACCGCCUCAUAGCACGCACCGAUGCGCGCGUGCGCCUGCUCUCCGAGGCCGUGGGGGCCGUGCGCGCCGUGAAGCUCAACGGGUGGGAGGCGCUGUUCAAAGGGCGCAUAGAGGCGAGGCGGGCGGAGGAGAUGAAGGAGAUCACUGUGUCCGUGCUGCUGGGUGGGUGGGUUUGCUGGCCCCGGGUUUGUGAUGCACGGGUGGGUGCUGUGCUCCGGGCCAUGCAUGGGGGCCAUGCAUGGGGCCAUGCAUGGGGGCCAUGCAUGGGGGCCAUGCAUGGGGGCCAUGCAUGGGGCCAUGCAUGGGGGCCAUGCAUGGGGGCCAUGCAUGGGGCCAUGCAUGGGGGCCAUGCAUGGGGGCCAUGCAUGGGGGCCAUGCAUGGGGGCCAUGCAUGGGGGCCAUGCAUGGGGGCCAUGCAUGGGGGCCAUGCAUGGGGGCCAUGCAUGGGGCCAUGCAUGGGAGCCAUGGUCCUUUUCGCCGACUACAUCACACCCAUGCUCGUCCGGUCCGUGGCUCCAUGCUCCCUGUGCCUCCUGUGUCCCCACCCCCACACACCACCACCAGAGGCCAUGGGGCUAUUCGUGUACUACCUCACGCCCAUGGUCGUCAGUGUCGUCUCCCUCGCCGCCUAUGUGCUGCUCGGCCGCCCGCUCACUGCCGACGUCGCCUUCCCCGCCCUCGCCCUCUUCAACCUCCUCAGGUUCCCCCUCGCCAUGAUUCCCGAUCAAAUCAACGACUACGUGCAAGCCAAGGUCUCCGCGGGCCGUGUUGAAAAGUUUCUGCUGCUGCCCGAGAUCGUUCCUUUGGAAGAGGAGCCGGGCAGCCAGAAGGGUAGCAUAAAGCUUUGCAAUGCCUCUUUCUCCUGGGGAGGUGGGGCAGGCGAAGUGGAGAGCGCCAGUGAUGCUGAUGGCAGUGGCCGCAAUGAUUCGAGCACUAUUGGUGCUGGUGGCAGCGGUGGCAGUGGCAGUGCUGUGGCAGUGGGUGCGAAUGGCAUAGGUGCAUGUGAAGCAAAGGAGGAGGGAGGGAAGCAGGGAGGGAAGAAGGGGGGGGAGGGGGGAGAAGGGGCGUUGGCACUAUGUGAUGUGACGUUGGACAUUCCUCCAGGGCAGCUUGUGAUCGUGGUGGGCGAGGUAGGGGCGGGCAAGUCGUCACUGCUGGCGGGGCUGCUGGGGGAAAUUACUCGCGUGGCGGGCAGUGUGUCCGUGGCAGGCCGCGUGGCGUACACCAGCCAGGCUGGUGAGACAAAAGGUAGUUUUUUCGCAGCAGGCUAUGGCAGACUCUGUGCCAGCCUCAUCGCCACGUGCACCCGCCUCAUCGCCACGUGCACCCUCCUCAUCGCCACGUGCACCCGCCUCAUCGCCACGUGCACCCGCCUCAUCGCCACGUGCACCCGCCUCAUCGCCACGUGCACCCGCCUCAUCGCCACGUGCACCCUCCUCAUCGCCACGUGCACCCGCCUCAUCGCCACGUGCACCCGCCUCAUCGCCACGUGCACCCGCCUCAUCGCCACGUGCACCCGCCUCAUCGCCACGUGCACCCGCCUCAUCGCCACGUGCACCCGCCUCAUCGCCACGUGCACCCGCCUCAUCGCCACGUGCACCCGCCUCAUCGCCACGUGCACCCGCCUCAUCGCCACGUGCACCCUCCUCAUCGCCACGUGCACCCGCCUCAUCGCCACGUGCACCCGCCUCAUCGCCACGUGCACCCGCCUCAUCGCCACGUGCACCCUCCUCAUCGCCACGUGCACCCGCCUCAUCGCCACGUGCACCCGCCUCAUCGCCACGUGCACCCGCCUCAUCGCCACGUGCACCCGCCUCAUCGCCACGUGCACCCGCCUCAUCGCCACGUGCACCCGCCUCAUCGCCACGUGCACCCGCCUCAUCGCCACGUGCACCCUCCUCAUCGCCACGUGCACCCUCCUCAUCGCCACGUGCACCCUCCUCAUCGCCACGUGCACCCACCUCAUCGCCACGUGCACCCGCCUCAUCGCCACGUGCACCCGCCUCAUCGCCACGUGCACCCGCCUCAUCGCCACGUGCACCCGCCUCAUCGCCACGUGCACCCUCCUCAUCGCCACGUGCACCCUCCUCAUCGCCACGUGCACCCUCCUCAUCGCCACGUGCACCCUCCUCACCACUCUGCAUGCUGACCCCUGGAUUCUCAAUGCCACGGUGCGCGACAACAUCCUCAUGGGGGCGGCGGGCGACACAGCCGCCGCAGUGGACGAGGGGUGGUACCAGCGAGCCAUAGACGUGUGUGCGCUGAGGCACGACCUCGCCAUGCUGGCCGGCGGUGACCUGGCUGAGAUCGGCGAGCGCGGUGCGUGUCAGUUGCGAUUCCUCCCCCCUCCACUGCUACCUCCCCCCUCCACUGCUACCUCCCCCCUCCACUGCUACCUCCCCCCUCCACUGCUACCUCCCCCCUCCACUGCUACCUCCCCCCUCCACUGCUACCUCCCCCCUCCACUGCUACCUCCCCCCUCCACUGCUACCUCCCCCCUCCACUGCUACCUCCCCCCUCCACUGCUACCUCCCCCCUCCACUGCUACCUCCCCCCUCCACUGCUACCUCCCCCCUCCACUGCUACCUCCCCCCUCCACUGCUACCUCCCCCCUCCACUGCUACCUCCCCCCUCCACUGCUACCUCCCCACUCCACUGCUACCUCCCCCCUCCACUGCUACCUCCCCCCUCCACUGCUACCUCCCCCCUCCACUGCUACCUCCCCCCUCCACUGCUACCUCCCCCCUCCACUGCUACCUCCCCCCUCCACUGCUACCUCCCCCCUCCACUGCUACCUCCCCCCUCCACUGCUACCUCCCCCCUCCACUGCUACCUCCCCCCUCCACUGCUACCUCCCCCCUCCACUGCUACCUCCCCCCUCCACUGCUACCUCCCCCCUCCACUGCUACCUCCCCUCUCCACUGCUACCUCCCCUCUCCACUGCUACCUCCCCUCUCCACUGCUACCUCCCUGCAACGCCAUCUCGUCCACCCCCCCCGCCCGUCCACCCACCAGGCAUCAACCUGUCGGGGGGGCAGAAGCACCGAGUGGCGCUGGCGAGGGCGGUGUAUGCGCGGGCCGAUGUGGUGCUGCUGGACGACCCGCUCAGUGCUGUUGACACUCAUGUGGGCCGCCACCUGUUCACAGAGUGUAUCUGCGGUGAGCUGGCGGGGACCACGCGUGUGCUGGUGACACAUCAGCUGCAGUAUGCAUCGCAUGCUGACGUCAUCAUCGUCAUCAGAGCCGGCCGUGUGACUGCCAUGGGCACAUUUGACGAGCUGCAGGCCAGGCAGGAGAGGUCGUCGAGGUUUUCGGCGUUUGUGGAUGCCACCAUGCCAAGAGAAGCUGCUGCUCUGCGCCGAAUUGCUUCGGCAAAGUCUGUGGCGGCGAGCGAGGGAUGA